AUGGUCAAGGAGGUUCAUUUCUCUCUGUUCCGGUCGGCGUCAGGCCCGUUGCGUGGGAGCCCUGCUGUUACUGACACGGAAAACGAGGAGCCUAGCACGUCGGGUCAUUAUGUGUCGUCGACAGGCGCGAAGUCAUUUACAUAUGGUUCGAGGGGGCGCCGGACGUCAAGCGUAGUUGACAACGGCAGCGAAGCGGAAGAGCUAUUUGCCCUAUUACAAGUUGCCGACGGUACCGGUACCAGCCCUCGGCUUUUAAAGCUGAUUACAGCGGCUUUAGAAAGCAACGUGGAGAGGAACGAACAGGAGGAGCGGCUGACGUCGAGCACGGUUGGGAGCCAGCAUAUGAUGCCCACGGGCAAGCUCACAGUGUUCCAUGGCCUUCGUCCACCACCUAUUGGCUUGCAAGCUUACGUGGAGCGUGUUGCUAAAUAUACAAAAUGCAGUCCUGUCUGCUUCGUCAUGUCAAUGGUGUACAUGGACUUGCUGGGCCAGCGCGAUCCGGACAUGCUACCCUCUCCGCUCAACGUACACCGCUUGCUGCUGAGUGGCGUCAUGUUGGCGGCAAAACUCACCGACGAUCACUACUUUAACAAUGCCUUCUAUGGCAGGGUUGGCGGUGUGAGCGUGCAGGAAAUGAACCGGCUAGAGCUGGAGAUGCUGCGGCUGCUGGACUACCGCCUGCACGUGCCAUGGGAGGAGCUGCGGGCGGUGCUCAAGCAGCUGGUGGCGGGGGCGCUAGUGGUUGGACAGCCAGAGGGCUGGAGCUCUUCGUUGCGACGCAAGCGGCGCUCCGUGUCGGGUCACAGCCACAGCAGCGAAAAGCGCUCCUCUGCGCGGCGCAGCAGCAUAGACUCAUCCGUGGGGGCGGUGUCAGCGUCGGCGUCGGCCACGCCGUCCGUUUCGCAGAGCGUGUACUAUGACGAAGAGGACGAUGGCUGUGCAGAUGAUGUCAUCACGGCGCUUCAGGCAGUGACAUCUCCAUCGGCACCACGGCGAUGA